UCAGUGUCUACAGCUUUCCGUUGCGCGCCUCCGGACUCUGACAGGACGUGCUCGCACCCUCCUUCCCUCCCCGCCUGUGUCUGGAGCGCGCAAUGCGCAGGCUCAGUUCCCACAGGAAGAUGGCGGCCGAUAAACAGAAGCAUCAUGACGGAAGGAUGAAGAUCGGGCACUAUAUCCUGGGAGACACGCUCGGGGUGGGCACGUUCGGCAAGGUGAAGGUUGGUAAACAUGAAUUAACGGGACACAAAGUGGCUGUGAAGAUCCUGAACAGACAGAAGAUCCGAAGCCUUGAUGUGGUGGGAAAGAUUCGCAGGGAGAUUCAGAAUCUCAAACUUUUUAGACACCCUCAUAUUAUUAAGCUGUAUCAGGUGAUAAGUACACCAACGGAUAUAUUUAUGGUGAUGGAAUAUGUUUCAGGCGGGGAACUCUUUGACUAUAUAUGUAAAAAUGGGAAGUUGGAUGAGAAGGAAUCUCGGCGGCUGUUCCAGCAGAUUCUCUCCGGGGUUGAUUACUGUCACAGGCACAUGGUGGUGCACAGAGACCUGAAACCAGAGAACGUUCUUCUAGAUGCUCAUAUGAAUGCGAAGAUUGCUGAUUUUGGCCUUUCCAACAUGAUGGCCGAUGGAGAAUUUUUAAGGACGAGCUGUGGGUCUCCCAAUUAUGCUGCGCCGGAAGUAAUUUCUGGAAGGCUCUACGCUGGCCCAGAAGUAGACAUAUGGAGCAGUGGUGUCAUUCUCUAUGCCUUGCUAUGUGGGACUCUUCCAUUUGAUGAUGACCAUGUGCCAACCUUGUUCAAGAAGAUCUGUGAUGGCAUCUUCUACACUCCUCAGUAUCUGAACCCCCCUGUGAUCAGCAUUCUCAAGCACAUGCUUCAAGUGGAUCCUAUGAAAAGGGCUACCAUAAAGGACAUCAGGGAUCAUGAAUGGUUCAAACAAGACCUCCCGAAGUAUCUGUUCCCAGAGGACCAAGCUUACAGUUCAAACAUGAUCGAUGACGAAGCCUUAAAGGAAGUGUGUGAGAAGUGCGAGUGUACGGAAGAGGAGGUGCUCAGCUGCUUGUACAGCCACAAUCACCAGGACCCAUUGGCUGUAGCGUAUCACCUGAUCAUAGACAACCGACGCAUUAUGAACGAGGCCAAAGAUUUCUAUUUGGCUACAAGCCCGCCCGAUUCAUUUGUGGAGGAGCCUCAUGUACCCCGGCCCCAUCCAGAGAGGGUGCCCUUCUUAAUUGCAGAGUCCCCCCGCCAGAGACACACGCUUGAUGAGCUGAACCCACAAAAAUCUAAGCACCAGGUUGGGGUAAGAAGAGCAAAAUGGCACCUAGGGAUUAGAAGUCAAAGCCGACCAAAUGACAUCAUGGCGGAAGUAUGCAGAGCCAUGAAGCAGCUGGGCUAUGAGUGGAAGAUUGUGAAUCCAUACUACCUCCGUGUUCGGAGAAAAAAUCCAGUGACCAGUAUGUACACAAAAAUGAGCCUGCAGCUAUACCAAGUGGACAGCCGAACAUACCUGCUGGACUUUCGCAGCAUAGAUGAUGAGGUUAACGAUGUCAAAUCUGAAAAUACCACACCAAGACGGUCAGGGUCUGUUGGCAGUAACCGCCCGCCUCAGAAAAGCGACUCUGAUGCCGAAGCCCCAUCAAAAUCAUCCAAUGGCUCUGUCCCUUCUUCACUGACCUCAUCUGCAGACUCCUCCAACACUGACCUGGUCCCUCGACCAGGAAGCCAUACUAUAGAGUUCUUUGAAAUGUGUGCAAAUUUAAUCAAAAUCCUAGCGCGAUAGGCUGAGGCCUUUUACCAGAUCUCGUUUCGAGCAAUAAGCAUGCAGUAACCUGUAGCCAAAAUGCUUCCAGUCUUAAUCCAGUCCUAGUACACAAAGAGCUGAAAGCAACAUCACAAAUGCAAUUUGCACAUGGAUCCGACGUAGUCGUUUGGUCUAAAAACCGUAAAGCUUAUUGUGUGUUUGUUUUUAACAGAUAUAGAAAUGUCAACAAAGCUAUAAAAUCUUGUAUAUAUAUUUUUUUUCCAAGGUUUGACUUUUUAUUGCACAUUUUAUUGAACACUGGGCUGUGUCGCUCAUUCCGGAGACACCACAUGCGCUUGUUUUUAUUGUUUUUUUUUCAUGAUUUUUGCUUUAAAGGGGAUUUUCGGGUUUUAUUUUAACAGCUUUGGACAGUCUCUGCUCUUGAUGGGGGGGGUGGGGGGGGGGGUAGAGUGUGUGAAAACCCUAAAUUUUUUUAAAGGGAUCUUUUAAUAUUGCUCUGCAGAAAUUAACAGCCUUAUAACGCACAUACCUUGUUAAAUGCAUAGCACCGUGUGAUUUGUUUGCUCUGGUUGUCUAGUAAUUGGUUUUGGAAACUGCCAGCUGUUAAUGACUCCAUGCAAUUCAUGGUGUCACUGAGCCACCUCAUGCUAUCUGUUUGACAGCAUCAGGACUUGGGAAAAAGAAAGGAGCACCCGGUGUCCUAUAGAAUGCAGAUCUGGAGGUGGGUUAUAAGGUAUUGAUAAGUACGUCAAAGCCAAUGCGUUUCGGGGGAAAGGACAUCUCCUCACCUUUCCUCUGGGAUGUUUCUGCAUGCUAUCUAAAUGGGAAAGUUCCCAAACCAGAUGUAUAUAUGCACGGUAUCUGAGGGCAAACUGACAGUGACAGUUGUGGUUGUAGGUGCAGCAGCAUCAGGUAAUGGAGAAUGUUUCCAGGCAUUCAAUCACAAGAUGUAGGUAGCCUGAGCAGCACCAUAGGUUGCAUUGGCAUUGUUUUAAUGGUCAACAGUUUCCAGUGCUGAUUGCGGGACAACCAGAAAGUCAAGGUGCUAUGGCAUUUAUCAAGGUGCAUGUCUUGUAUGGCUGUUUAAUGUUCAGAGUAAUUUUAGGGUGAACUUCCACUUGAUGUAUGUUUUGGCCUCAUGCCUGCCAUAUACUAAAAUACUAGUUUCCUGGCUGUUAUACUGACAACCUGGCUUCAGUAUCAAUCGGGAGCCAGCAUUCUGGUCCGUAGAAUGCCUGAUCUACAUAUGUUUAGUGUUUCAGGGUAUUGACAUAAAAGGGUUGGCAUGAUAGCCAGGCAGUUGAAGUUGGUAAUGAAUGACUGCAUCCAUAGUGUCUUCUUUAAGGUAGAAUUUGUAAGCGUUUUGUAUUGCCUUUUGUUGAAGCAUGGUCUUUGUACAGUUGGCUUGGCCUUGCCUGCCAGUCAUGUGAUGCCGUCUGUCGCUUUCUUGCCUAUAUGGGACAGGGAUGCCGUUGGCAGCACAGAUCAAGGUCUGGAGACUUCACACGGUGAGGGCACCAGAAAGUAAAUUCUCACCAAUCUCUGUAUAUUCAAACAUGGCCGCUCCUUGAUCACAAGAACUCUAUUCUAGAUCUCUGCAGCGACAUGACUGGGCAAAUCCCCAUUUGGAUCUAGGAAGAUCACUGAUUUUGGGUGGUACAGAGCAGGAGAUUUUAAUUUGGCUCGCCCAAAUCCAGACCACAAUAUCCUGGAGUGGUUCUUUAAUGGUGUGCACAGGAAAUGGAAUCUAGAUGCAUAAAAGCAAUGACAUGAACAACCUAAUUGUAAGUCUAAGCUAGAAUGGAAUAUGGACAGCACAUUUUCAAACUUGUUCACCAGAGCCACCUAAUGGUGAAAUUUGGUAUUGCAGCUCUUGCAGUCAUUUAUGAUUUGGGUAGAUUUAUGACUGGGCUGGAAUUGAGGCUAUAGGAAGAUUACGUAAGACUUUUUUUUUUUUUUAUAUAUCUCACUCCUCACUUGUCUAACCACUUCUUUUUUUUUUUUUUUUUUUUUUUUCACUUGGGGCAGCUCAUACCAACCUAAGUAUGUACCAUGACUUGGGUUACUUCCCCUUGGCAUAUGCAGGGAAUGGGUCCCCUCCCUUUACUGCACAAGACCAACUUUAUAUUAAGAGCAACGAGACUGCCAGCUGUUUAAAAAUGACCCCGAAAAUUCCUUUUAAUUAUGGUUAGGUUGGUUUAUAUAAUGCUGGAGAUAUAAUUGGAGUUUAAUGAGGGAAGGUAAUUUGUACAAAUGUAAUAAACAUGUUUUCUUUUUAUAUAUAACAGUUGAACAUUUUUGUUAAAUGGAUUUUAAACAUUGGAUAAAUGUAGAAUGUUACCUGGCUGGAUAAAUAAACACUGAUUUUUAUUCUUGGUAA